AUGACGUCUACCGCGUGUCCGAUCUGCUCACGUCAUGUGCGUCCGGAGAACCUCACGCUGCACGUCGAGGCGUGUCUGGACAAGCACGAGCAGCUAGAAGAAAAGCCUAUUCUUUCAACACCGCAGUCUAGAAAGUCCACACUUCCUGCUGCCAUUGCUACGUCCAAUCGCAGAUCGUCACCUCGCAGCCAAGAGAUCCCAUCGCCGUCAUCGUCUUCAGUAGCUACGAAGAAGCGUAAGCGAUCGACAAAAGAAAAUGACAGUGAUUUGCCAUUGGCCGAGAGGAUGAGACCCAGUGAUCUAGACGACCUCGUUGGCCAAGACGAGCUUCUAGGUGCCGGUAGUUUGCUAGCUGCACUUAUUCAGACGGACCAAGUGCCGAAUAUGAUUGUGUGGGGACCGCCAGGAAGUGGCAAAACCACGUUGGCGCACGUGAUCUCCAAGCGAACGGGGUGCAAGUUUAUCACGUUGUCCGGAGCGUCGUCGAAAAUGGCGGAUGUAAAGGACGCUGUUGAACGUGCAAGAGGCGAACGCACGAUGUUUGGUCGACGGACAAUUGUCUUUGUCGAUGAGAUUCAUCGCUUUAGCAAGAGUCAGCAGGAUUUCUUCCUUCCUGUUGUGGAAACCGGCACCAUCACAUUGAUUGGAGCGACGACAGAGAACCCGUCGUUUGAGGUGAAUAAUGCCUUGCUGAGUCGAUGUCGCGUGUAUACGCUUAAGAAGCACACAAAUGAGUCCAUCAAAACGAUUUUGCGACGUGCGGUGCGUGACUAUGUCGCUGGCUGUGUAGUAUCGCUGCCACGAACGCAGGAACGGGGAAGUGACGAUAAAGUGAUUGAUGUUGAAGUCGAGGAUGAAGCGAUUGAGCAUCUGGCACAGCAUUGUGCAGGUGAUGCCCGUAUCGCGUUGAAUAGUUUGGAGAUGGCGAUACAAAGUGCACCAAUGGACACUGAGAAGCACGUGCUUCGAGUAUCAGCUGUCCAUGUCCAGCAUUGCUUUGCGCGCCGUUCGACGCUGUAUUACGACAGAAACGCAGACAUGCACUACGACUGCAUCAGUGCGCUCCACAAGUCUGUACGCGGUAGUGACGAAAACGCUACGCUCUACUGGUUGGCACGCAUGCUUGAGGGCGGUGAGAAUCCGCUCUACAUUGGCCGACGGCUCAUCCGUAUUGCAAGUGAAGAUGUUGGUCUGGCAGCUCCUGAGUUGCUCCCCAUGGCGGUAUCUGCCUACCAGGCUGCUCACUUUAUGGGAAUGCCUGAGUGUGAUGUCGUGCUUGCUCAUGUUGCGACGAUGCUGGCUCGCGCGCCAAAGUCCGUUGAAGUGUAUUCGGCGUACAAACGAGCUAAAGAAUCGAUCCAGAAAUGGGAUAAGGGUGCACUACCUGACGUUCCGUUGCACCUGCGCAACGCUCCAACAAAGCUGAUGAAGGAGUGUGGCUAUGGCAAGGAGUACAAGUACAAUCCGCACUAUACUGCUGACGAGUUGAAAGAUCAGACAUAUUUGCCAGACGAGAUGCUCGGCACGAACUUUUUUGGACUCAACGACGUGGCCAACGAUCCAUCAUGA